AAGAGAGAAUGAGUUUGAAUGGCGAGAAGAGAAUGAUGAAAAGGUCAGAUUUUGCGCAGAAGUUGUUGGAUGAUCUUCGGGUGAGGAAAGAACAGCUUUCAGGCUCUCAGAAUUCCCUACAAAAAGAUAAAUAUGCAUAUUCGAACAGAGGAUUUAAUGGAUCCAGAGCAAAAUCUACAACAUUUCAAGAUCUCACUAGCGGUGGCAUAGAGUUUUCAAAUCAGAUAGUUCCUUAUGGAAAAGGCCAGAGCAUGGAGAAACUCAACUUGUCGAAAGCGUUAGCAUUUGCACUUGAAAAUGCUGGAAAAGCUACAAGAUCAGAUCCUUCAGGGAAUGCAUCAAUCAUUAGAUUCCUUCAUGAUGUAGGAAAGAGAUCUUUGGGAGAAAGAAGAAGCAGUCAAUUUGUGGUGCAACAACAACAACCUUCUUCAAGCAGCCCCAUGAUUCAUGUUCAUAUCAAAGAGAUUUCAAAGGGUGCUCAAAAACUGAAUCAGAUCAUUAAAGCAUGUAGCAACGGCCUCAGUUUUCGUAAAGGAAGGUACUCGAUACAAUGCGGGGAACAACUUAUGGAAGGUGCCAUUGAGUUGGAACAGUCUCUUCGUUUGCUUGUAGACAUACAACAAGCUUCUGAGUAUACAACCAACAAACAGAGGAAAAACAGAAUCAAGCUUCUUGAAGAAAAUGAUGAGGAGGAAGAGGAUGCUCAUAAUCUAAAUUACCAAAAGAUCAAACAAGUCGCAAAGGCGGAUAUCGAGAUGAGACUAUUGGCGCUUAACUAUCAAGAGGAUAAAAACAUCAAACAUAGAAAGCAAACUAGUAGUUGCGAAGAUACCGAAGAGAGAUCAGUGAAACCUCAGAAAGGAAGGAUUCCAAGUGUUGUGGCCAAGUUGAUGGGACUAGGGGAGUUUCCAGAAGAUGAAAAAGAGACCAACAAUAAAAAUGAUGCAGAGAAACUUAUAAGGCGUAGAGUAAUGCAAGCUAGUGACAAUCUUGUUGAGCUGAAGGAACAAAGUAAGUCAACAUCAUUGGAUUUAGUAAUCCAUAAGGAGACUCAAACCGCGAAUGAGAUAAACAACAAAGCCAAGUCUCAACAGAAAGAUAGAGAGAAGGAUGAUUCAAACAGUAGAAAAAGAAGCAAGGUUACAUACAAGAAAGAUGGAGAAAUGAAGACGAAAAAUGUUAUCAAAAAGAAUCCAUCUCCAACACAAAAUAAACCUAAGGUUGUCGCAAGGAGCCAAGAAAAGCCUAUACAUAAACUUAGUUUUGAGAAAAAACAAAUUCUCAAUAACUCUAGGGGAGGUGAGGAAGAAAAGAGCUAUAAGAAAGAGAAGUUGCAGCGAGACAGACAGCAAGAAAAUGGCGUAACGACAAAUCAUUCACCAAAAACUUUGAGUUCAGUGGAUAUACAAACGAAGGUACCACUCACAGACAAAGCUAAAGCUAUGAGGAAAAGUUUUUCUCAUGUUGAAGUAGCACAAAAGGGAAAAGAAGGAGAGGUGCAUAAAGCCAAGAUUCGCGAGAAGAAAAACCAAGACAUCUAUAAUCCAAAUGAAGGAUUGUGCAAAGUAAUGAAGCGACCGAAGAUUACAAAAGCAGAUGGAAAACAUGAUCAAACUUUACUCAUAAGUUAUAAUGACAGUAACAAGAUGAAAGCAGAAGCAGAGACAUGCAUCAAAAGUUCUCAAGUUUCAGGUGUUGAGGUUCAAUCAUCAAACAAAAAUUUGGUAGAGAAUAAUAAAGAGAUCAAAGAUGACUCAAUUCUGCUCAUUGCCGUGGAGAGAGUCCCAUGCCAAGCUCCAUCAGAAAAUCACCAUGGGCUAAUGUUCACGGAUCAACAAGCUCCAAUAUCAAAGUCUGAUGGAAAUUCAGAUAUAUUAUCCAAGACAGUAUAUAAAGGAGCAAAAGGAGAGGUAGAAGCUAGUUUACCCUUGUUGGAGAAGCGACAAGAACACCGGAAACAAGAAACUACAGAGACAUUAUCUGAAAAUGAAAUAAACCUCAAGAAGAUAUUUGUGAAAAGCCAACUAUUUCUAGACACAGCAAAGGCACUUUUCAAACUCAACAUUCCUCAAAAUGUCUUUCAUGACGCCACCGGUGGGAGCAACUACUAUCAAGAAGACAAGAAUCUAAUCCUCGAGUGUGCCUUCGAGCUAAUGAAACGAAAAAGGAGAUUUCAAGAGUUAAGUGUACAUCCUUUCGUCAAGGCACCCAUAAGUUCCUCUAAAGUAAACUCAUUGGACCAUCUUAUUAGACAAAUAAGCAAAGAGUUAGAGAAGCUGAGAGCCUAUGGUAGGGACUGCCACAUUGGAUCAGAUGUUGAAGACUAUGUGUUGGAAAGAGAUGUUCACUAUAAAGACCCAAACUUGAACUCAAUGUGGGAUAUGGGCUGGAACGAUUCGAUGCUCGCCUUCAUCGAGAAAGAUGAUGUUAUGAGGGAUAUAGAGAGGGAAGUCUUCAGUGGACUUUUGGAGGAGAUAACAAGAGAUCUUAUAUGCAUAUAGCCGAGACUCUCUCCGAGUCAAAAGUGAGCUCUUAUUUUAGGUGAUUAUAUAUGAUCUUCAUACAUUAAUUCACUCGUUAUUGUUUUGUCUGAAAAUGGUUUUCUUUUUAUUUUUUACCUUGUGUGAGCAAUGAUUUGGUAUGGAAGAGUGAGAGUCUUUUGUGUAUUAUCAAUCCAAUUGAUGUAACAAAAGUAGCAGAUUCGU